AUGGAAAGUGACUUCGUCCGCGUCCUGGUCCGCGAAGGAGAACAGUCCGAGGCUUGUUCCUCCAGGUUCAGUCGAGCGAGGCUUGUUCCUCCAGGUUCAGUCGAGCGAGGUUGUGUUCAUCCUCCCGUUUCUUCCAGAAAGCUUUCGAUGGCCGUUUUCUUGAAGCUACGACAGCUCUAUAUCAUGGCAGACCAGUUCGACGUCAAAGAACUUCGCACAAGAAUAACCGAUGAACUUGCCUAUGUGUGCUACGAGAUAGAUUUCAGCCUCCCAGAACGUGGGGUCAUCACUCUGAUUGUCGACAACAUCCCCGAAUCAAUGCCUCUUCACCGACUGCUUGCCAAGGCAGUCGCUAGAUUGUUGUUCCUGCUAUUGUCAACAAGCCAAGUUGCAGUUGCUGCUCAUCCCGCAUUCAUCCUCCGUUCUUUCCUCCAUAUUCUCUCCUCUCUCCACAUUCUCGGAGCUGGUCUUCGAUAUUACCCUCGUACUCAACCUUCCUUUCCCAAUAUUCUACAUCCCGUCCUCGGAGCUGGUCUUCGACAACACUUUUGUACUCUUCCUUACUUCGCCACCCUUUUACUUCCACUACCCAAUCAUUCUUCCAUCUACCCUUUGUUUUACGCCAAUCACGCUCUACGAGAAGAUUCGUCAGUCUCUGUUGAGCUUGUUAUCUUUUCCUCUCCCGGACCCGCCUUAUCUUGCCCCUUUGCAAGAUCCGUACGCUAUAUAGCGAUACCAAUUCUCACCAUGGUCAGUCGUCAGCGCCUGUGUCGUGUGUCAAAGUUCUUCAGCAAGGCUUUCUUUGGUUCUUUUCUCGAGUCACACACUGGCACGCUCGAUUUGUACGAGGUCUCCACUUACUACUCUUGA